CCCCGGUAGUUCCGCUUCCGGCAGCACCAGAUAAAUCGCGAGAGGAGAGUUAAAACCUGCCGUUUGCAUUUAGGACCACUUCGGUUUGCAAUGGUCCGUAGUGGGAAAAAUGGUGACCUUCAUCUUAAACAGAUCGCGUACUAUAAGCGCACAGGGGAGUAUCACCCAACUACACUGUCAAGUGAGAGAAGUGGCAUCAGGCGAGCAGCUAAGAAAUUUGUCUUCAAAGAAAAAAAGCUGUUUUAUGUGGGGAAAGACAGAAAACAAAAUCGUUUGGUAGUUGUUUCCGAAGAGGAGAAGAAGAAAGUGCUGAGAGAAUGCCAUGAGAAUGGCCCUGGUGUACAUCAUGGCAUAUCCAGAACCCUCACUCUAGUGGAGUCUGGCUACUACUGGACGUCUGUGACCAAUGAUGUCAAGCAGUGGGUAUAUGCUUGUCAGCAUUGCCAAGUAGCAAAAAAUACAGUUAUCGUAGCACCUCAGCAGCACCUUCCCAUGGUGGGAAACCCGUGGAGUGUAGUUACUGUUGAUCUGAUGGGACCUUUUCAUACAAGCAACAGAAGUCAUGUGUAUGCUAUAAUCAUGACAGAUUUGUUCACAAAAUGGGUUAUGAUUUUGCCUUUAUGUGAUGUUUCAGCAUCAGAAAUUUCUAAAGCUAUUAUCAAUAUAUUUUUCCUAUACGGACCUCCUCAGAAAAUAAUAAUGGACCAAAGAGAUGAAUUCAUUGAACAGAUCAAUGUAGAACUAUAUAGAUUAUUUGGUGCAAAAGAGAUUGUAAUUUCUCAUGCUUCUGGAAGUGUUAAUCCAGCUGAAAGUACACCUAGUACAAUCAAAACAUUCCUCUCGAAACACUGUGCUGACCACCCAAGCAACUGGGAUGAGCAUCUGCCCGCUCUUUCCUUUGCCUUCAAUGUGACUCACUCGGAGCCUACUAAAAACACACCAUAUUUCCAAAUGUUCAAUCGGAAUCCGUGCAUGUUGGAGUGUCCUUCUGAAGAGGGAGGUGAAGGUACAAGUGUGUUUGCCAGGAUCGUAGCUGCGGUUAGAGAAGCCGAUGGAGUGGUGGAGAGCAAGACGCCAGCAGCGGGCCAGAUGGAGAACAACAAUUCGGAUGAAUUAAGUAAAAGCAAAGUUGUUAAAAAGAAAGCAAAGCAGUUAAAUCCCUUUCAUUUGAAAGUGGGUCAUGAGGUUUUAAGACAGAGGAAGAACUGGUGGAAGGAUGGCCGCUUCCAAUCUGAGUGGGUCGGGCCUUGUGUCAUUGACUACAUUACAGAAAGCGGAUGUGCUGUCCUCAGAGAUAACACGGGGACCAGACUCAAACGACCAAUCAAAAUGUCCCACCUUAGGCCCUAUGUGAGAGAGUCCAGUGAGCAGGAAAGUCUUUAUCUCCUGCAAGGUUCAAUAGUGGCAGAUCACGACUACAUUGGGUUACCUGAAAUCCCAGUUGGGACAUACCAGGCAAAUAUCCUGGUAGAAGAUGCAACUAUUGGGAUAGCUGAUAAUGAAUUAUUGAUAUCAAGCAAGGAUCAUGAACUCUUAGAAUAUAGAAAUUCCAAAAUCUCUGCAUUGGUAGAAGACCACAAUUCUCUUGAGAAACAGACUUUUAGUCUACUGGAUUCUUCAAAUCAAGUUCUCGAGUACUUAAGUUAGUAAAUACCAGAAUUAAUUUAAAAUGCUUGCAUAGAAUGUAUAUAUUUCUAGUUUGUAAGUAUUUUAUCUAUUAAAAUAGAUUGUAUAGAAGAGAGAUCUUGGUACUAUGUUAAUAACUAAAUUCUGAAAGCUUAUUUUAAACCUUCCUAAAGUUGUUACAUGUUUGAGUACAAAUAAAUAUAUGUAACAAAAGUAUACAAUGUGUAGAAUUCAGAAAUUUCUCAGAAUACAUUGUUAGGAAAUAAAUUCUAGUAGAGAAGUCUCAAACCUUUUUCUAUAUUGGUACUGCAUUUUCUCUUCUAAUUUUCCAGUAAUAUAUCCCCCUUUUAAAUAAAUUUAAACUAAUUGUAGUUUAGUUCAUAAAUGUUGAAUGAACAGUAACAUAAAUUUAAUGAAACUUUAUCUGUGACAUUGGAACAUUUUAAGUUUGUAUUUGUGUGUGUGUGUGUGUGUGUGUGUGUGUGUGUGUGUGUGUGUCUGAGCAUGGCUUUGGGCAUGUGAGUACAGUGAAUGUAAAGGCUAGGUGAGGGUAUUGGAUAUGCUGAAGCUGAAGUUAUAGGUGAUUGGGCACCAGCCAGGUUGAGUACUGGGAGCCGCACUGGGAUCCACUGCACCAGCAGGACAUACUCCAGCUGAAGGACAGAUGACUUUCAGGAAGAGUGAAGCCAUCUGACCUCAUAUCACAGACCAAAGACAUUGCAGACAGAAUUCUAGAAAGAAACUACAACAAAGUGGUUAGAGUAGCCUUAGCUUGCUCUCCUGGACAGAGCAGAGUUCAGGACGGGAGCCUACUGCAGUGCCCACAUGGUUGAUAGUGACUGUGUCCUUUGUUGUCUCAAUGAAGUCACUUUCUUCUAAGUUUCUUUUUGAGAUCAUCUGACUUGAAGUUGGCCCAUUUUACUUGAUCUAUUUAAGGAGGCCAGUUAGUUUUCAGAUUCAUUUCUGAGUGGCAGAUUCUGAAUAGCUAAAAAUAAAGUUUUCCUUUCCUGAGUAAUUUCUCAUCAGAUUUUUGUUGUGUGUGAGUCAAAUCAGUCUACAUUAUUCUUGCAAAUUAUCCCCAAAUCUUAACAACUUAAGACAAUAAAGCUUUAUUUCCUGGC